AUGGAACAAUUAAGAUCUAAAUUAGAAGAAGUUGUUAUUUAUUUAAAACCUUAUUUACCUAUUGCCAAUAGCCAUGUAGUUAAUUUUAUUACUCAUAACUUUUGGGAAACUAUAAUACCUAGUGAUAUACGGGAAGAAAUUGAUUUAAAAGGUACAGACUUUGUGUUUUCAAAUUUUUGGUCUGAAAAUCAAAUUCCUGAUUCUCUUACACAUUUUGUUGCUUCUACAAAAUAUAAUAACUUAAAUUCUUAUCCAAGUAGUUGUUAUAUGAAAUUAGACGAUGCAUAUAAUGUACUUAAAUCUUGGGGUUAUAAGCCUAUGAAUAAAUCACUUAAUUUAAAAGAAUUUAUGGGUGCUAAGAAAAUGCAUGAAGUAGAAGUUAUGGCCAAAUUAGUGGCAAAUUUUUCCAAGUAUGCUGGUACGGACGUUAUAGUUGAUAUUGGAGGUGGAAAGGGAUAUUUAAGUUCCCUCUUAGCUUUAGCUUACAAUUUCAAUGUGCUUGGGAUUGAUUCACAAUCAAUCAAUUCUGAAGGCGCUAGAAAUCGAACAAUCAAAUUUGAGAAAUAUUGGCAGUCCAUUAAAAAAAAAUCAAACAACUUUCCUGAAGAAAAACCAACGCCUCCAAUAAUAAAAGAAAAACUUGAUACCUAUGAAGAAUAUUAUGAAAAAUACAGCAGAAAAUCAGCUGUGCUGGGUAGUACCUAUAAACAAAUUACAGAAUAUGUUACUGAGAAUACCAACAUUGCACAUUUAGCUCAAACUGAAUUUAAAGUAAAUAACAAAGAAGAGUUUACUUUAAUUGGACUACAUACGUGUGGUUCUUUAGGUACUACAUGUUUAAAGUUAUUUACUGAACCUAAAAAUAAUUUAAAACUUUUGAUGAAUGUUGGCUGUUGUUAUCAUUUAAUUGAAGAAGAAUUCACCAAUGAUCCAUUUUGGGAUGAUAUUGAAAAUGAAUUAAAUAAAAAUGAAUCUUAUGGUUUUCCUGUAAGUAAUUGUCUAAGAGAAAAAAAAUUUCAACUUGGACGUGAUGCUAGAAUGUGUGCAUCUCAAUCGCCAGAUAAAUUUUUUAAUUCUAAAGACAUAAUAAAUUCAACAAAACCACUAUUCUACAGAGCCUUAUUACAAGUUUAUUUAGUACAAGAACUUGGGUAUAAGAAUAUUAGUAGAUGUCAUGUUGGACGAUUAGCACAUAAAUGUUUGACUUUUAAUGAAUAUGUGCAUAAAGCUGUGAAACGAUUACAAUUAAAUAUAGAGAUUGAUAAUGAAAAAAUAAAUGCAUUUUAUGAUAAAUAUCUGAUUGAAUAUGAACGAUUAAAAGUAUUUUUUAUUUUAAAACAAGCAUUAGCUCAAGUUAUUGAAGGUCUCAUAAUAAUGGAUAGAUUACUGUACCUCCAUGAGCAGGGAAUUAAUGAAGCUUUUGUCGCCAAACUUUUUGAUCCGUUAUUGUCUCCUAGAAAUCAUGCAAUUAUUGCAUUAAAAAAAAACUUAACUUAA